GCACAAUGUUCAUCUUUGCGCUGUUCUGCCUGCUGGCAGUGGGCAGCGACGCGAAUCCACUGCAGCCCGUUGUGGAUCCAGCCCAGCAUAUUGUCAUCGUGACGCCGCAGGCUCAGGUUCAUCUGGAGCCAGCGGUGCGUUACGUGCAUGGCUUGUCGCCGAUGGCCCGCGUCGCUGGACCGCAUCAUGAGGAGACCAUUGUGUUUGUGCCAGCAGGAGCUGCUGCCUCUGUGGUACCGACCGUUGCCGAUUCAUCUGCCCGUCUUCGUUUCGCCGCGCAGGAGACCAAACAGUCGGAAGGCUUUCCCCAGAACAUCAACGAAAUUCAACAGCAGGCACAGCAGGCUGUUCAGGUUGUAACCGGACAGUUUACUGAGGCUGCUGCUGCAGCUGCUGCUGCCGGUGCCAGCCUCUUUCCCGGCUUUCACAGCAUACCCGAAAACACCGGGGACGAGCUGGUAGAAAAGUUCAAGACCGACAUUUUUGAGACACCAGCCAAUACAAAGCCACGUUUGACUGCUGGCGAGGCGCGUCAUUUCUUCAGUCUGCCCCAUGUGUAUCGUACUCCCGUUGUCGAUGUGGUCCACACUCCCGUCUAUUCCUGGCCAAUCUCAGCCAUACGUGCACGCAGCAUUCAAACUGAGGAGGCACCAAUUCAACAAUCUUUCAAGAAGAUUGCCCCUGAACUUUCCGAGCCACAGCCUCUGCUUAAGGAGCAGAAGCUGCCAGCAUUGGAUCAGCCAUUGGAACAGCCGCUGAAGCAACUGGCACAGACCAUCAUUCCUGCAGCCGUUGAGGCCAGUGAAUUGAAGGCUGAGAUAGCUGGACGUCAGCUGGAGGAGAUCAAUGCCAGAAAACCGGAUGAGUUUCUUAAUGAUAUUGACCAGCGAGGAAUCCCAAAUCCCAUCAAGGAACCCACCAAGGAACCCAUCAAGGAAUCCAUCAAGGAACCCAUCAAGGAACCAAUUGCGGAAGCCAGAAAGGAGCCCAUUGCAGAAGCCAGAAAAGAGUCCAUUGCGGAAGCCAGAAAGGAGUUCAGUAUUGAGGCCGUCCAGCAUCCAAUAUCCGGAAAACCGGCAGAGUCUCUUAAUGAUAUUGCCCAGCGUGUAAUCCCAAGAGAACAACUCAAGGAACUCAUCAAGGAACCCAUUAAGGAACCCAUCAAGGAACCCAUCAAGGAACCCAUCAAGGAACCCAUUGCUGAAGCCCGAAAAGAGCCCAGUGUGGAGGCCAGAAAGGAGGAAAGUCUGGAGGAACCUGUCAAGGAGCUGCCAUCCGCUCUACUUAAGGAGGCUAUCAAGGAGCCUACCCCAGAGCCCAUUAAGGAGAAACUCGAGGAUUUUAUCCAAGAUUACGCCCCACUAGCGAAGGAGUUGCAACUGAAUAAGGAGUUGCCACUGGUCAAGACCAUACCCAAUCCCACUGAAGCAGCCAUUCCCGAGGCACAGCCACAGCCGCUAGAAGCUCAACCCGCUAAUGAGCCAGGCCUUAAGCCAGCGGCAGAGGCCUAAGCCUCACGCACACGCACACCACAGCGGACUUCACCACAUCACUCACAAACACAUAUAUUCUAUGGGUAACUUUGGUAUUCUACAACUCGAUCUGU